GAUGGCUGAAAAGGGAAAAAGCAAAAACGUUAAACUCCGAUGACAUCACCCCUUGUGUCACACAUCCUGUAAUGUUUGGAAUGUGCAAAGAGCAUGAAUAGCUGAGUUGCUGUGAGUCUUUCGGACUGUACGGCCUUGUUUCAAAAGCAUGAUAAUAAUAAUAAUAAUAAUAAUAAUAAUAUAAAACAUCUAAGAAAUCUCACAAGAUUUCGCAUCUGAUGUACAUGGAUGACCUGAAGCUGUAUGGGAAAACUGAAACUGAAAUCGUCUCUGACUACCAGUCUGAAUUUUUAACACUGAUAUCAGCAUGGAGUUUGGCUUGGACAAAUGUUCAACAGUGGCAUUGAAGAAGGGAAAAUCAUUGAAAGUGAGGGCAUAAAUAUGCCCAAUGGCCAAACAAUAAAGUGUCACCAGCCAGAGGCCUAUAAAUAUCUGGGCAUAUUACAGCUGGACAACAUCAAGCAUGAACAUGUGAAGACUGUGGUCAGUAAAGAAUACACACAAAGAGUCAGAAAAAUUCUCAAAAGCAAGCUCAAUGGAGGCAACACCAUCAAGGCCAUAAACACCUGGGCCAUACCUGUCAUAAGAUAUACUGCUGGCAUCAUAAACUGGACACAGAUGGAACUGGACAAUUUGGACAGAAAAACAAGAAAACGCAUGACCAUUCAUCAUUCACUGCACCCUCGCAGUGAUGUUGACCGGCUAUAUCUGCCUAGAAGAUCAGGGGGCAGAGGACUCUUACAAGUAAAACAAGCAGUCAAAGAAGAAGAACAUGCCCUGGCAGAAUAUGUAAAGCAAAGUGAAGAACCUGCUUUGAUUGAAGUCAAAAAUCAGAAACUCCUCAAAGCACAGCAGACAAAAAACCAGUACAAGAAAACCGCACUACAAACUAGAGCUGACAGCUGGCACAACAAAGCAUUGCAUGGAAAGUUCCUUGACAAAAUUGAAGGAAAAGCUGACAAGGAGAAGACCUGGCUCUGGCUCACGAAUGGGACCCUGAAGAAGGAGACAGAAGGCCUGAUCCUUGCAGCCCAGGAGCAAGACAUCAGGACAAAGGCAAUCAAGGCCAAGAUCGAAAAAUCAGCUGAUGACCCAAAAUGCAGACUGUGCAAGGAAACCUACAAAACCAUUGAUCAUAUCCUCAGCUGCUGUGAGAAAACCGCACAGACAGACUACAAACAGAAGCACAACUAUGUGGCCCAAAUGAUUCAUUGGAACUUAUGCCUCAAGUACCACCUCCCAGCAGCAAAGAACUGGUGGGAUCACAAACCUACAAAAGUAUUGGAAAAUGAGCACGCAAAGAUACUGUGGGAGUCGGACUUCCGAAUCCAGACUGACAAAGUUCUGGAACACAACACACCAGACAUCACAGUUGUGGAAAAGAAAACGGCUUGGAUCAUUGAUGUCGCCAUCCCAGGUGACAAUUGCAUUGACGAAAAACAACAGGAAAAACUCAGCCGGUAUCAGGACCUCAAGAUUGAACUUCAAAGACUCUGGCAGAAACCAGUGCAGGUGGUCCCGGUGGUGAUGGGCACAUUGGGUGCCGUGCCAAAAGAUCUCAGCCGGCAUUUGGAAACAAGAGACAUUGACAAAAUCACGAUCUGCCAACUGCAAAAGGCCACCCUACUGGGAUCUGCACGCAUCAUCCGAAAAUACAUCACACAGUCCUAGACACUCGGGAAGUGUUCGACUUGUGAUUUUGUGAUACGAAAUCCAGCAUAUCUAUCUUGUUUUCUGUGUCAUAAUAAUAAUAAUAAUAAUAAUAAUAAUAAUAAUAAUAAUAAUAAUAAUAAUAAUAAUAAUAAUUUAUUUACACCCCGCCAACAUCUCCCCGCGGGGACUCGGGGUGGCUUACAAUGUUACAAAAGAACAACACAAUAGGUAAAGGUUUUCCCCUGACGUUAAGUCCAGUCAUGAACGACUCUGGGGACUGGUGCUCAUCUCCAUUUCUAAGCCGAAGAGCCGGCGUUGUCCAUAGACACCUCCAAGGUCAUGUGAACAUUGGCAUGACUACAUGGAGCACCGUUACCUUCCCACCGGAGCUGUACCUAUUGAUCUACUCACAUUGGCAUGUUUUCGAACUGCUAGGUUGGCAGGAGCUGGGGCUAACAGCAGGCGCUCAUUCCGCUCCCGAGAUUUGAACCUGGGACCUUUUGGUCCGCAAGUUCAGCAGCUCAGCGCUUUAACACACUGUGCCACCGGGGGCCCUUCAGGAACCCAGCCAUCCCUUCCAAGGCUCACCUUGCACAGCCAGUAGCUGCUCAUCUGUUGUCCAGCGUGAGUUAAACUUGAUGUUUGUCUGCAAGAGAAAAGAGAGCGUAUCAGAAAUUGUAGAGGAAUCUAGAAAUCAUAGAAAGAGACUGCGCUGUGCAUCGUCCUCCCGACCCCUCUCAAAACCACAACAGGACGUGCAGCACGUGGUUGCUUCCAUACACACUCACCUCAGGUGGCCGCAGUGUGUCUAUUCCACCAUCCAGCACUUGCUUCAUGCUGCUGUUGAUCUGCUUGAUGCUUUGUACCUAGCAUGAGGUGGAAAUAGGAGGCCAGGAUUGUAUGCCGGAACAGGCAACAAAUUGAUGUCGGGGACCAACACGGGCAGGACUUGGGUGUCCCUACCUGGCGCUUGAGGGAAACCAGCUGAGAGUCCAAGUGCCGCAGGGUGAGAGCCGCCAUGUCCGGGCUGGCAGACAGCCCAGUGAUGUCCUCUUGGCUUAAGUACAUGCCCUUGGGAGGUCUCCGGCGGGCGCGCAGCGGGUGGUGCCGAUACUGUGACAGUUGCACUUCCUUCUUCACCGGCCCCGGUUUGCUGUUGAGUGGCUUCUGGUAAGGAGGCUGCAGAUAAAGUAGAACUAAGCAAAUUGCAGCCAGACAAAAAUUAUUUACAGUAUUUAUAUUCCACCCUUCUCACCCCAAAGGGGACUCAGGGCGGAUCACAUCUAUUUAUAUAUAUAAAAGAGUGAUGACAUCAGGGCAGCGGACAAAACAACAAAAUUACAGGCCCCCCAACCUCAAAAUUUGACAACAUAACUCAUCAUCCACGCCUCUAGGUUGAUACAACAAAAAGAAAAGAAAAAUAAAGUCCUAAUCAGAGGGAGAGGAAUAAUUGUUUUUAUCCAAUUGCUGCCAGUUUGAAGGCUAAGCUCUGCCCACUUGGUCUCCUAGCAACCUACUCAGCCCAGGGGACAGGCACAGUUAGGCCUCACUUAGAAUCAUAGAAUCAUAGAAUAGUAGAGUUGGAAGAGACCACAUGGGCCAUCUAGUCCAACCCCCUGCUAAGAAGCAGGAAAUCGCAUUCAAAGCACCCCCGACAGAUGGCCAUCCAGCCUCUGCUUAAAAGCCUCCAAGGAAGGAGCCUCCACCACGGCCCCGGGGAGAGAGUUCCACUUAGGCCUCUUCCAUAGAUUAUCAGAUUUCAAAUUAUCAUUUGAAAAAAAAAAUGAACAAAUUCCUAUGCACACUGCACGUGUCUUAUUUGUAGUGCAAAACAACAACAACAAUGAAAAAACAAUACAAUAUUUAAAAAUGAAAACAAUUUUAACCAACAUAAAUCUAUCAGGAUUUCAAUGGAAAGUGUGGGCCUGCUUCUGGCCAAUGAGAUGGUCAAGUUAAUCAGGAUUGUUGUUGUUGUUGUUGUUGUGGGCCUUCAAGUCAUGUCAGACUUUGGGCGAGCCUGAGUCUAAAAUUAUUCAUUUACCUAUUUACUACAUUUAUUUACUACAUUUAUAUCCCACCCUUCUCACCCCGAAGGGGACUCAGAGCAGCUGUAUGUACAUAAAAUAUAUUAUAUUAUUAGCAUAGCACAAUAUUAGUAUUAUAUAUUACUAUACAAUGAACUAUACCACUGUACUGUAAUAUUAUAUGUAAUAUAUAACAUAUAAUUUAAUAUUAUUAUAUGGUAUUAUUAUUAGUAUAUUGUAUAACAUUAUAAUAUUUUUAUCAAUAUUAUAUGUAUAUAUAAUAUUAUUAAAACUGACAUAAAAAAUUAUAUUAUAAAACGGAGGGCGAGGGCCAGGUAAAUGACCUUGGAGGGCCGCAUCCGGCCCCCGGGCCUUAGUUUGGGGACCCCUGCUAUACGGUAUAGUGGUAAAGUGGUAUGGAGCCCCUGAUGGUGCAGCGUGUUCAAGCACUGAGCUGCUGAACUUGAGGACUGAAAGGUCGCAGGUUCGAAUCCGGGGAGCAGGGUGAGCUCCCGCUGUUAGCCCCAGCUUCUGCCAACCUAGCAGUUCGGGAACGUGCAAAUGCGAGUAGACCAAUAAGUACUGCUAGGGGAGUCCCCUUGCCCCAUUUGGGCUUCCUGAGAAGCCGUUUCCCACGUACCUCCUUCUUGGGAUCCAAAGCGUCAAACUCGCCCUCACUCGCCUGCCGUCCUUCGUCCAGUUCAUCAUUGCUGUAGGAGAAACGCAACUGUUAGAAGGGCUUCUAAAGGAAUGUGUCCCUUUUUAAACUUCAGAACUUCCCGCUUUUAACUCUUCAAGGAAUAUGUGUGGACCAUCCCAUCGCCAGGCUCCGUUUCAGCCUGAUUUGGGAUGCAAAACCAAAGCCCAGUGAGGCCGGUUCAUGCUCAGUCUCUGACCUGUCGUCCUUUUCUUUCUUGGUCAGGAGCUUGCGGGCUUGCCUGUCCAUCACACUCGUCCUGCUCCGGGUCUUCUUCCAGGAGUAGUAAUACUUCACCAAGCUUGGGAUCAGUUUAUCAGGAAGCUGUAGAGGAAACAUCGGAGAAAUAGUGAGUGGACAAAGGCAGCCAAAAGUUUACGAAAUGGGUGGCACAUGGCGGUCAUUAGGAGACAUAGUAGCACACUGAGGAGCAUGUACUUGGCAGCAACUGAUCUUGGUUAAAAUUAAGAUCACAACAACAUCUAUAUAUAUAAAAGAGUGAUGGCAUCACGGCGACCCACAAAACAACAUAACUACAGGCCUCCCAACCUUGACAUUUGACGACACAACCCAUCAUCCACGGCUCUAGGUUGAUACAACAAAAAGAAAAGAAAAAUAAAGUCCUAAUUAGAAAGAGAGGAAUAAUUGCUUUUAUCCAAUUGCUGCCAGUUAGAAGGCUAAGCUCCUCCAACUUGGUCUCCUAGCAACCCAAUAAAAAAUAAUAAAAACACUAAAAAAAUUAAUACAAUAAAAUACUAUAAUAACAGAAAAUAACUAAAAAUAAUACAAGUAAAUAAUAAAAUAUAAUAAAUAAAAAGAUAACUUACAAUAAAAUUAAUUAAAAAAUACAAAUAAUGUCAAAUAAAAAUUACACAACAAUCUUUAACCAAUACCACCACCACUUUGCCACAGCAACGCGUGGCCGGGCACAGCUAGUCUGUUAUAGAAUUCCAAUAUGCCGAUGAUAACGUAGUGUGCGCAUUCAGAAGACCUACAGUGUUUGUUAUAGAACUCCAAUAUGCCGAUGAUAACGUAGUGUGCGCAUUCAGAAGACUUAGUGUUUGUUAUAGAACUCCAAUAUGCCGAUGAUAACGUAGUGUGUGCAUUCAGAAGACCUACAAUGUCUGUUAUAGAACUCCAAUAUGCCGAUGAUAACGUAGUGCGUGCAUUCAGAAGACCUACAAUGUUUGUUAUAGAACUCCAAUAUGCCGAUGAUAACGUAGUGUGCGCAUUCAGAAGACUUAGUGUUUGUUAUAGAACUCCAAUAUGCCGAUGAUAACGUAGUGUGUGCAUUCAGAAGACCUACAAUGUCUGUUAUAGAACUCCAAUAUGCCGAUGAUAACGUAGUGUGUGCAUUCAGACCUACAGUGUUAACUCCAAUAUGCCAAUGAUAACGUAGUGUGUGCAUUCAGAAGGCCUACAGUGUUUGUUAUAGAACACCAAUAUGCCGAUGAUAACGUAGUGUGUGCAUUCAGAAGACCUAGUGUUUGUUAUAGAACUCCAAUAUGCUGAUGAUAACGUAGUGCAUUCAGACCUACAAUGUUUCAGAACUCCAAUAUGCCGAUGAUAACGUAGUGUGUGCAUUCAGAAGACCUAGUGUUUGUUACAGAACUCCAAUAUGCCGAUGAUAACGUAGUGUGUGCAUUCAGAAGACCUACAAUGUCUGUUCCACGUACCAUCUGCUGGAUCCGAGCAAAGCUCUUGCCAUGGAAGCUAAAGGCUUGCUCAAACAGGACUUUGUCCUCCACGGUCCACUCGUCCGGGAAGGGCGUGAAGUUGGCCAAGUCGGCCAAGGACUUCUCCACGUCGUGUUUGUGCCACAGCAACAUCCCGAGCGCCUGCAAGGAAGGCACAGAAAUGAGCAGCUCGGAAGGAGAAACCCUGAGCUCACAACCUCUGAGGAUGCCUGCCGUAGAUGUGGGCGAAAGGUCAGGAGAGAAUGCUUCCGGAACAUGGCCAGAAAAUGCACAACAACCCAAAAGAGACCCGGCUCUUGCCCUUUGUCUCCCCGAAUCCAGAGGAAGCCCUUUGCCCUGGUGCUUGAGGGGUUAAGCUUUCAGUGGUGGCAGCUGUGCCUUCAGUCAAGCUGUGCCAAGCCAUCUCUACUCAUUGUGGGGCUGGGAAGGGAGCCAAGGUGGUGAAAUGCAGCCUCUCUUUUCCUCCUCCUCCUCCUCCUGCCUUCGUCACCUUGGCCUUUCCCCUGGAGACUUGGAUACAUGAGCUGCCUGUGGAAGGAACCUCUCCUGGCCCCAGCAGCCAGGCAAAAAGGAAUACCUGAGCCCGCUUUUGUCAUUCAUUCGCAAGGCGAAAGAGCUGCUGCAGGUUUCCAGGUUGCAAACAGAACUGGUACCACCACUACCUCCUGCAAAAAUAAUCAUAAAAGAAAGGCCAUAGGACUAGUGCAAUGAUGGGCAACCUUUUGCGCUUGGUGUGUCAAAAUUCACCAAAAACCUAGCAUGACGUGAGUAGUGUGUCACUUCGAGAAAAAAAACAUAAUUUCACAAUAUGUAUAGUUUAAAUAACAAAAAUAUAUAAUUGUAAUAUAUAACUGUAUUCAAUAAAUCAAAAACUAUUUACUACCAUUA